AUGGAUCAGCAAAAGCACACUAUGGCCUUCAGGUGGGCUUAUUCAUUGGCUAUUAAGAAAAUGUGGACAGAUUUUGUUGCCGCCACGGGACCCAAUCCACUCUUCAGCCUGACAUCCACUAUGGAUAGACAGAUCAUGGUUCUAACAGUUGGUGAGUUCCUUAAUCAAGUGUCCAAUAAAUGGCUUACACUGUAUGUUGAUUCGUUGGGAAGUCCUAGAAUAGAAUCGGUGAUACGUCGUUUUGAAGACGUGUUGGUGUUUGAUGCGUUGGAGUGUCCUUCUUUAGAGGACCUUUUGAAAGAGGUGGAGUCAUCAAGUUACACGUCAUAUAUUGAUAGUAUUAAGGCGAAGGAAUUAGAGGAGUCAUUUGGUGAGAUAUUGUUAUCAAUGAAUGUGUCUACUCUUCCCUUUCAACUGUUGCUCAUAAGAUAUUUAGAAGGCUCACUACUGGAGAUGGAGAUCAGUUUAUCUUCAACCCUUGAAAAUGGAGUCCGUAGUCUCAUUGAAACCUUUAAGCAGCAGCAGCAAAGUGUUGCUGUUGAUGAUUAUUUCGAAGAGUUUCUGGAAGCCUUGGCUAUGACUUGCAAGGUGUGGCGAAGUCCUUCUUUAGUAUCAAGUAGGGUUAAGAAACUCCGAGAAUUGGGUAACAAUUUGAUGUCUAACCUGAGUUUAGCUCAUGCCAUUCAAGUUUAUACUACAGCUAUUGAUUGUGCCACAUCUGCUGAAGAUACCAGUCAAAAGGCUCAAUUAAUUACUAAUAGAGCUAUUGCUUAUCUUGGGUUAAAUUGUAACCGAGAAGCAACAACUGACUUGGCCAGAGCAUUGGAUAGGGAUAAAUCGUUUGUUCCAGCUUGGACUCAAAUGGGCUACUGUCAGUUGUAUAUGGGUAAGGGGAUGCUUGCAUUGCGCUGUUAUGUUAUGGCGUUGAAAUAUUAUACUGGAGCCAAAUUACCUCUGUUUCUUGAAGCAUGCAAUGAUGAUGAUGAAUUGGUUAAAACUUACAGAUUGAAGAGGAAACAAGAAUUGUUGCCUCAAUUUGUUCAGAAGUUAAUCCAAGGUAUCACUCUUGCUGAAAGACGUUCUCAACAACAAGGUGAUGAUAGACUGGAAAUCGAUUCUAUUGUUCAAGAUGCCAUUCGAGUAUUGGAUAGGUAUAGAGAGACAGUUUCUCCUGAAAAUGAUCACUAUUUCCAAUACGUUUCGUUAGUUGAUCCUGGUCUGAGAAGUCUUAUGGCUCGUGCCAAUACACAAGCUCCAAAUAUCUUUACUCCAGAGGUUGAACAAGCUAGUUUGGGCGCCAAUACUAUGGAAGCGGUUGCCAUUACUACCACAAGUCCAUACACCCCUUUGGCAUUUCUGCCCAGGGGUCCUACAGCAGCUAACAAUACUGCAACAACGGGCACGGGUCCAGACCUUCCUGUAGACACUUCCAGAGUCAUCAAUGGUAUUCCAGAUGCACUUUUUGGGGCUACCCGAGCCGCAAGAGAUGCCGAAACAGCAAGAUCAACUACCAAUACCACAACUACUUCAGGUGGUACUCCCAUUGGAGCAGCAGCGGCAGCAGCGGCAGCAGCAGCAGCCGCAGCAUCUACAUCAGCAGCAAGCGGACUGGAAUCAGGUACUCAAACUACAGAUAAUGCAAACGGACACCAAUCAACUAAUGCCAUUGGAAAUGUUAUUGUUGAUGCUUUGAGCAAUUUCAUUAGAAGCGUACCAGCUAAUUCUAUUGCUCAAACUUUAGGUGGGGAGAAUGGGUCUAUUUCAUUUGGUCCAAUUACAAUUACCAGCACUGAACCCACGGGACUAACAACAACUACAACUACAACAACUACCAACAAUACCAAUAAUGCUUCAAAUGAGGAUACAGAUAUGACAGAAGCUUUGAAUGAUGAUUUAGAUUAA